GUUGUUCAGUCUGUGUCCUCACUCCAAAGCAACAGGUGGCGCUAAUGCGUCAACCGCCGUAAAAAAAACACACGAAGAAGAAGAAGAAGAAGAAGUAGCUGAACAUGCAGAAUGGGUACCCAGGUGAAAGAUGUCAUCAUUAAGCCUGACGCUCCCGGCGCGCUGCUGCUGGACAAACACGCAGACUACAUCGCUGCCUACGGCUCCAAAAAGGACGAUUAUGAGUACACGCUGUCAGAAUACCUGAGGAUGAGCGGUAUCUACUGGGGCCUGACGGUGAUGGACCUGAUGGGUCAGCUGCCCCGGAUGAAUCGACAGGAGAUCAUAGACUUCAUCAAAGCCUGUCAGCACGAGUGUGGAGGCAUCAGUGCAAGCAUCGGACACGACCCCCAUCUGCUCUACACUCUAAGCGCCGUCCAGAUUCUAUGCUUAUAUGACAGUGUGGACGCGCUUGAUGUGGACAAAGUGGUGGAAUACAUUAAAGGGCUGCAGCAGGAAGACGGCUCAUUUGCAGGAGACAAAUGGGGAGAAAUAGACACAAGGUUUUCCUUCUGCGCUGUUGCUACACUUGCAUUACUGGGCAAGAUGGACACAAUAAAUGUUGACAAAGCCGUAGAGUUCGUCUUGUCCUGUAUGAACUUCGAUGGAGGUUUUGGAUGCAGACCUGGUUCAGAGUCUCAUGCUGGUCAGAUUUACUGCUGCACCGGCUUCUUGUCGCUCACCGGUCAGCUGCACCAGAUCAACGCUGACCUGCUCGGCUGGUGGCUCUGCGAGAGGCAGCUCCCGUCCGGAGGUCUGAAUGGACGGCCGGAGAAGCUUCCGGAUGUGUGCUACUCAUGGUGGGUUUUGGCGUCUUUGAAAAUCAUCGGCAGGAUUCACUGGAUCGACAAGGCCAAGCUACGAACGUUUAUUCUGGCCUGUCAAGACGAGGAGACCGGAGGUUUCGCCGAUAGACCAGGAGACAUGGUGGAUCCUUUCCACACUCUGUUCGGGAUCGCAGGUCUCUCCCUUCUCGGAGACGAACAGAUCAAGCCGGUGAAUCCUGUCCUGUGCAUGCCCGAGGAUGUCCUGAAGAGGGUCGACGUGCAGCCCGACCUCCUCAGCUAGCCCUCUGACAUCCGUCGUCCCACAUCACACACAGACACAGCUGCCCUGCUGAGCACCAUCCAGCCACACCAUGACCGCCAUCACCACCACGGCUGGAUGCUGGGAGCAGAGAGCGAGGACCACCGCACAUUGUAGUGUUAGCUGAGGUCUACAGACACAUUUUUAGACGCAGGUUUUGAUCUCUGCUCACUAAGGACAAGUAGUCUGAGGCUUCGUGUCUUUAAACCCUCAAGCACUCAAUAUGUUAUCAAGUCACUUAUGUUGGUUUCAAUGCGAGAGAACGGUUUGAGAAAGAUGUUUUGACGUGUAACCAUCACCGCUAAAAGCUAGAAAUCAUUAAACAUUCCUGAACUUUCUGACACCAUGUCAGGAAAAAACAUGAAACCGUGUAACAGCGCAUGAAACUGUCACAGAAGUCUGUUUCCUCUCUCUGUCUUGUCUCUCGUCACCUUUCGAGCUUGUCAACAAGCCAAGGAAUUUAUCACUGUAGCUAAUUACUGGACAGAGGCGCUGAUGGGCUUCAUGUGCUUGACAGCUUUGUGCACUUGAGCUUGAAACAAGAAGGAUUAUUGUGUGGAACAGACACGCAUGAUCAAGUUUGCUCUGCGAUAUGUUUUGGGGGCAGAAGACACUUUGACUCUUUGUCAGUCAUUUGGUUUGUUUUUCUCUGUUUGUUGGAGGGUGCUGCCAACUUCACGCACCGACUGUUCGAAAUAAAAUAACUUCCGUGUUUGAAAAGUAAGAGCACGUAAAGGGCAGACUGCCCUCGAUCUGUUUACACUCCAGCAAUCUUACCAACGCUGUUUGUUCUAACGGGCCUCACAACUGGAGAUGCAAUAUAAUAUAAUAUAAGAUGGGAAAUAUUUUAGGCAGGAGGAAGGGGCAGUUUUAUGUUUGUGACUGGAGACACCCAGAGGUAAAACACAUUGCAGUGCCGUCGUCUCUUGCCAAGUAUAUUUAACGUCUUAUCCACAGUCUCAGUUACACGAUUUAUUUAAAUCCAUGUUACUUAGUCCAGCUUUGUUAUGCAGCUGUGGGCAAACACACUGUGUGUGAAAUGAAAUAUUUUCAGUCUUAUGUUUUGAUGAUUUUCAGCUUUUUUUUCUCUUUUAAAUCUUUGGGUAAAACUCUGCACUCUUCUUGUCUUACUCGACACAUUUCAUCCGUUGUCAGGUAACUGUUCAGUGUUUAGAUUGUUACAGAAGGUAAAUAAAUCAUGUCAACUCAUUAGAUCUGCAGCCAGUUCAAGUGACUGAUAACUCCUAAAUGUAUUAAUUGACAUUGUUAUGCAAAAUGAAUGCAGUCAUUACCUAAAUGUCUUUGUUGUGCUCAUAGGGUUUAAAUCACAUUUCUCAGAGUUGUGCAGCUUAAAGACUAAAAUCUAAAAACUCUAACUGCAUCUUCGACGACUCGUCAAUCCACACAGUCUCGUCUUCGUGUUGCGUGGGCAGCUCGAAUCCACAUAAGCUGUUGCACAGCUCCAUGUGUGUAUAUUAAUGUAACUUAUUUGUUAUCUUGGUUGGCAAUAAAUGUUUCCCUUCAACCGUGA